GUUGAUGAGUGACUACGAAGUUACAUUAGUCAACGAUAAUAGGCAAGAGUUCUACGUGCGCUUCAAGGGCCCAGAGGAGACACCCUUCCAAGGCGGCCAUUGGAAGAUCCACGUCGAGCUACCAGAUCAGUACCCAUACAAGAGUCCAAGCAUCGGGUUCAUUAACCGAAUCUUUCAUCCUAACAUUGACGAGUUAUCCGGGUCCGUUUGCUUAGACGUCAUCAACCAAACCUGGUCUCCUAUGUACGACAUGAUAAACAUUUUCGAAGUUUUCCUCCCACAGCUCCUACGUUACCCCAACCCUUCAGACCCCUUGAAUGGCGAAGCCGCUGCUAUGUUGAUGCGGGAACCCAAGAGCUACGAAAUUAAAGUGAAAGAGUACGUCGCAAAAUACGCUAGCAAAGAUGCUGUGGACGAUGCCGGGGAAGACACAGAGUCUGAAGACGAGUUGAGCUCAGCCGGUAGCUAUGAGUCGGACGGAGAGGAGCCAGCGGGGAGAUUGGAUGAUGUUUGAACUAUCUCAACAUCUUUUUCACUUGUUUAUCUCCCGGAAUAAUCGCGGGUCCGACCUUUUUAAUCACGUCUCCAGUCUCACCUAACAGUUUCAUGGAAUUCGCGGGGUUUAGUAUUUAUGGCGUUAUUGCGACGGAGUUCUGACAGCCAGAGUCAAUUAUACGUUAAGCCAAAGCUAUGGUGCAAUUUGCGAGUUGGGGCCCAUGUUUCGUGAAUGCGUUUAACUACAUCAUGUUUUAUAUCAUUUGAUUUUCUAGUUCCUAUCUCUUAGUUUUUGAAUAUCUUUAUACUCUCUAUUCAUAUCAUUAUUUGGCGAUCUAAUGGGUACAGUGCUACCUUAGUCUAUCUGGAAGCCCCUGCUUAGAUCGCACUCAAUUCGUUUGCUCGCUCCCUUCAGUAAUCUUGUCUCUUUGCGAUUUAAUCUUC